AUGACCAAAAAUGCGUGCUCCAACCAAGCAUCACAGAUGCAAGGAAUGCGACGCUGUCGCAUAAACCUAUCCUCCAACUCUCAGAUAAAGAGAACUAGCCAGUCCGGUACCCAGUACCAGAAGGACAGACCUCGUAAGAAAGACAAGAAAGCAAAGGCAAACGCUGAACCCAGUCCAGUUGAGUAG